CUGGGUGAUUAGGUUCCUGAAAGAUGAAGUUAAGUGGGUGAGAGUGCAAUAACUUGUCAUUGUAACAAUCCAUCAUCAUAAUCAGAUCAACCCUAUCUAUAUUCACCACUCCUAGACCAAGCUAAAGAAAAAUUCUCUUGAGCUUUAGCAAAACCCUAACCCCACUAAAAGGUCCACCCUUUCCAGUUUUCACCCUCCAUCAAGCUUUCACCUUGAUUUUAGAAAAAUGGAGGUAAUCAACAACACUAAAACCACCCCGUACGCACAAUCCGAGUCUUCAUCAGAGACACACCCCAACAACAAGUCUUUAUCGCUCCUCAUCCAUCAGAAGCCAAUGGUGGUUUCCUACAAAGAGUGCCUCAAAAACCAUGCUGCUAGCUUGGGUGGACAUGCCCUUGAUGGUUGUGGCGAGUUCAUGCCUACCCCAACGAACCCUGGUUCCUUCAAAUGUGCCGCCUGUGGUUGCCACCGUAACUUCCACCGCCGUGACCCUUAUGACGGUCCUGCUUUCCUCCACCAACUGCCACCGCCACCACUGCCUAAUCCUCCUAGCUCAAGUCCAAGCCCAACGAACAGCCCAACCCAUACCCCACCCUCACCUGUCCCUUACUCUUACUACUCUUCUGCACCCCACAUGCUUCUGGCCUUGAGCACCGGCUACUCAGGGCCGCCGUUGGAUGCGUAUCAUCAUCAGAGGGCUGAAGUCACAGACAAAAACAACAGCACCAACACUCGAAAGAGGUCAAGGACAAAGUUCAGCAAAGAACAGAAAGAAAAGAUGCAUGCUUUUGCAGAGAGGGUCGGUUGGAGGAUGCCAAGGGGAGAGGAAAGACUGGUUAAAGAGAUUUGCAAUGAAGUCGGAGUCGAUAGAGGGGUUCUCAAGGUCUGGAUGCACAACAACAAGAAUACUUUUGGUAAGAAAGACAUGUUAGCUGUCGGUAACCUCAAUCUUGAUAACACCACCACCACCACCAGUACUAGUGGAGACAACAAUGAAGAUGAUAAUGGGAAUGGAAAUGGAAAUGCUGGAAAUAGCUUUAAUUCCAAUAGUGACACCCACAACAACAAUGAGUAUUGUAUUCAGCUUCAUGUCACUAACAAUGGGUCUUCUUCUGCAUCCUAAUUAAACCAAAAAAAUUUAUAGAAUUCAACAAGCUUUAGUUGGC